AUGCCACGCACCCUGAGACGGGCCACUCCAGGAGCAGUCUUUCGACUUACUCUCGAUGGCGUGGGCCUGUUCUGUGCCUGCACCUUAGUCUGGGAGCACUUGAUUACCGUGCAGCUCAGCGAAGGUCCCUCGAUGUACCCCACCUUCAAUCCGAGGGGUGACUAUCUGUUGAUCUCUCGGGUUCACAAGUACGGUAGGGGCAUUGAGGUUGGCGAUGUGGUACGGUUCUACCAUCCGACUUUUUUGGGGGUCAACGGUGCAAAGAGGGUGAUCGGGAUGCCCGGGGAUUUUGUCUGUCGGGAUAUGCCAUUCAGUACGGAGGUUGGUAAGGGGCAGGAGAUGAUUCAGGUUCCCGAAGGUCAUAUAUACGUCGGAGGUGAUAACCUUCCCUGGUCCAGGGACUCAAGAAACUACGGUCCUAUCCCCAUGGGACUUGUCAAUGGGAAGAUUAUUGGUCGCGUUUGGCCGCCUUCGAAGAUGCAAUGGGUGCACAACACGAUGCAGCCGGCUCAAUUGUCUGAUGAAUAA